AUCUGGAAGCCACAUGUCAGCGGCAGCUGUAUAAAGCAGUCCGCCCAGCAGACCUAGGGUGACACUGUCUGCCAGAAACCCAGGCAACAUGCAUCUCACUCUUGUGUGUCUGUUGCUGCCACUGGUCAGUGUGGCCUGGGGCCAGUACGAUGGCUAUGGGUACCCGUACCAGCAGUACCAGGACUACGGCGAUGACGGGUGGGUGAAUCUGAACCGGCAGGGCUUCAGCUACCAGUGUCCCCACGGACAGGUGGUGGUGGCGGUGAGAAGCAUCUUCAACAAGAAGGAAGGUUCCGACCGACAGUGGAACUACGCCUGCAUGCCCACGCCCCAGAGCCUGGGGGAGCCCACGGAGUGCUGGUGGGAGGAGAUCAACAGGGCUGGAAUGGAAUGGUACCAGACGUGCUCCAGCAAUGGGCUGGUGGCAGGGUUCCAGAGCCGCUACUUCGAGUCCGUGCUGGAUCGGGAGUGGCAAUUUUACUGCUGUCGCUACAGCAAGAGGUGCCCCUAUUCCUGCUGGCUGACAACAGAAUACCCGGGCCACUACGGUGAGGAAAUGGACAUGAUUUCCUACAGUUACGAUUACUAUAUGCGAGGAGCAACGACCACUUUCUCUGCCGUGGAAAGGGAUCGCCAGUGGAAGUUCAUCAUGUGCCGGAUGACCGACUAUGACUGUGAAUUCGCAAACGUUUAGAUUUGCCACAUCUGGGUGAAGGAAGGGGGCCAGGAGACCCGCAUGUUAAUCUCAUUCGGAUCCUAAGUGGUUCCUGCCACUCUCUCUCCUUCUCCCUGAGCUGAUCGGUUAGCAGCGACGCCAGCUUUCUGGGCCUUUCUGAAUGGUAUCACACUUAUAAUAAACUCCACAACGAAUCCACCUUUCCCACUUUCAACCCAGGUCAUUGCAUCCGUGUUAUAUGGCGGACGACGGCUCUCUUGCAUGUCACAUAUGCAGUGUGCACGCUCACAGCCUGAAAAACUCGCUGGUCCCGGGCACACCUGGCACAGCCUCGCUGCUGCUUUUACUACCAAAUGAGCAGCGAGCAGGCAAGGUGCCUGUGAAAGGGUUCAGUGGAGUGAAGGGGCAGAAACCGAGGGAGGUGGCCCUGAAGGUUCUCUGCAGCUGUGUCUGUUUGAGGGGACCCGGGGUCCUCGCCCAGGGCAGACCUUCCCCUUGAGGGGACAGGCUCCACUCUCCUCUCCACGUAAGCCAGGCUUGCCUGGACGGUCAGAGCUCUGUGCCCCAGGAGCAAGGACUCUGGGAAGUGAAAUGGGAGGCGGGAGGGUGUGGGGGCGGAGCUGAAAGCCUAGGACUGGGAGCGUUUCCUGUCAUAGAAGAAGGGUGUCAGCACACCCAGUGACGCAAACAACUACAGGAACCUAACAAGAGUCAGUCUCGGGUAAGACAAAAACAGGAAGAGGAGGAGGUCAGAGAACUGGACUAGGUUAAGCAGGUGGGGCAGGCACAGGUUGUGCUGGGGAGUGGGGAUGGGUGUGAGUCGCUGGCACCUGGAGACACCGCCAGUUCUCCUGGGAAGGGAAGGCCGGCACGUGCCCUGUAGCCAUGGGAGUGACAGGCAGCUCAGCUGGAAAGGUCCCCAUGUUCUAGAUGGGAAAGGCUGCCUGGGGGUCCGCUCCCCUCCUAGGUGUCCUUUAGGGGUGUCUUUUGCAGAGGUGGCGCUAUCUUCCCUCCUCCUGUGAUGUCUCUGUCCCCAGCCCUUUGUACUCUCUUCAUUAUAAAAGGAAUAAAAAUAUUAACAUUCACUGU